AUGUCCGCCCAAACGGUCACCUUCCAGCGCCAGUCGACAGAACCCGCCAGUGUCAUACGUAUUCACCGUCACGAUGCCGUGGGUGACGGCCCAAUUCCCGCAGAAUCGGUGCUGCUGAAGUUUCUAGCGGCCCCUGUGAACCCACAGGAUCUGUUGGUGAUUGCCGGCCGGUAUCCCGUCCAACCGCAUCAUCGCUAUAACGACGAGCCCAUUCCCGGCUACGAUGGGGUAGCCCGUGUCGAACGCGUGGGCUCCGGUGUGACAACUCUGAAGCAGGGUGACCACGUUAUUCCGCGUGCUCACGGCCUCGGGACCUGGCGCACCGAAGCCGUUGUCCCAGCAGCCGCCGUGUUGAAAGUAUCCAAGAGUUUGGAACCGACGACAGCCAGCUUGUUAAAGACCGGUUGCUCGACCGCCUAUCUUUUACUAGAGAGCUGUCCAUCCUUGAGCCCGGGGGAUUGGGUCGUUCUGAAUGCCGCGACAGGCUGGAUUGCGCGGAUGGUGGUCCAAUUUGCCCUGCUGAAGGGGUGUCCAAGUAUCUGUGUGAUCCGAGACCGGGAUGAUGUUGAGGCUACACGACAGUCACUUCUCAACCAGGGUGCACGGAUUGUUGUUACCGAAUCCCAACUCGCUAAAGACGGACCGAGCGCGGUUGCAGGAGGGAACCGCGUAACCCUGGCGCUGGAUGCGGUCUUCGGUCAAUCGGGCCAGCGACUGGCCGCCAUGCUGGCCCCAGGGGCCACUUUCAUCAACUACGGGUCACUAGGGGGUGCGACGGGUCAAUUGGUUCUGAGUCAGGAGCUCAUCUUCUGGAAACAAAUCACCUUCAAAAACUUCCGACUGUCCCAAGCCUUGGGACGCUAUACGGAAGACGCACAGAUUGAUCUUCUUUCGUGGUUCACCAAACUCUUUGAAGAGGGGAAAAUUACUGCGCCACCAGUCAACCGUGUGGACUGGGCAGAAGGCGGGGCAGAAGAUGGUGGGAAUCUCGAAAAGAAAGUGCAGUCCGUGUUGGCUCGAGCUGGGGGGAAGAUAGGACCAGACGUUGGAUGCACGAAGCACGUCGUGCAGUUCUAA